AUGUUAGUUUCACAAGAAGAAAUGCUAACGCUCAUUGUCUGGAUAUUAGCCAUGAGAUACAAGACAGGGUGGCCCUGCCCUCUGCUUGCCAUUCAGAACCAGCAUGUCAUGCAGUGCUGGGCCUCAUUGGUGGCAGCCCCUCUCCUUCCCUGCCUGCUCUUCAGCCGCCGCUACGAGCUGCCCAAAGAGGAGGCUGGCUGCGGCAGCCAUGGAGAGGUUGGAUGGAUAUUUCUCGGGAUUUUUGCCUUCAUCUGCUUUUGUGUCUUGGUCACCACGGCUUUCCUCUUUUAUAAGAUGAAUAAAGAAAAGGAGAGCCCACUUGAUCAGCCAAUGGACAAACUGAGGACCGCAAUGGCAACUGGGCUAAGAAAUAACGAACUCAUGACUGAAAAUCCCAUGAAGGUAGCUGAAGAAGUCACGAACCUGCCACAGCACAUAGCAGAUGCCGAAAACCUCUACAAUGAGCGGAAAGUAAAGUACCAAAACCUCUUCAAGAAAGGUGCAAAGUCUUCUGGUGGCUGGAAGCUUUUUGGGAAGAAUCUCUACUACGUUUCAAAAGGGAAAAAGACCUGGUAUGACGCCGAGAACUUCUGCAUGUCCAGAGAUGCCCAUUUGGCCUCCAUCCUGACUGAUGAAGAACAGACCUACAUCACUUCUCAACUCACCACUCCUGCCUGGAUUGGCCUUACAGAUGAAAGCGAGGAAGGCAACUGGGAGUGGACAGAUGGGUCCAGAUUAAUAACACAGUACUGGUCUGCUGGCAAUCCCAACAGCUGGGAGAACUAUGGAGACUCAGAGGAAGAUUGUGCUUCCAUUAUUCCUUCAUCUAGAGAAAAAAACUGGAGCGAGUGUAACUGCCACGAACUUCACAGUUGGGUUUGUAAGGAGAGCCUGGAUACGGGAGAAUUGUAAAAUUUGACAAACCCGUUGCCUGGAGCCACACUAGAGUGAAGAUGGAACGUGUUUCAUUUCACUUCAUGGGAAGUCUGCUCAGCCACAGAAUGAACAAGAGCGAACAAGAAAAUUCUAUCUCAUUCAAGGACCAUUCCU